AUGAGUAAGCUACUACUAACUUCAGAAUUGCAAAGGGGUCUGGAAAUUGAAGAUGCUCUAUACAUAAAAAGUCCCAUUACUAAAGUCAAAGAUUGCCUUGUUCUCUGGAGAGAUGGGAGCCUUGAAUUUUACGAGCAUGUUCAUACUGAAUUGAAAUUAGUUGAAAUACUACCUAUUGGUUAUCAAGCUUAUGGUAACGGCCUUGGAUCGACCAGUCCCUUUACGAACUUAGAUGUUACUCCCGAAUUCCCAAUUGCCCAUGCUACGUUUGCAGCUUCUGCAGUCACCAGCUACUCAUUGAAUGAAAAUGAGCCCAUCUUCGUAGUUUACUAUGAAGGACCUCAAACCUUAAGAUUUUUCCAUUAUAAUACUUCAUUGCAAAAGUUUUCACUAGACAAUGUUAUCAACUUGGAAAAUACGCUGAAGUUACCCAAAACGUUGGAAACAAGACCAAUUCUUAUGAUGGAUCCACACUACUCAUAUUUGGUUUUGCAUGCAUUCCAGGGCUACAUACACUGUCUUAACAUUCUUCCCAAUAUCCAGAACCGAAUUGUAACUACUUCUAUAGGAACAAUAACUGUUUCGUACAUGUCAUUUCUACACAAUACGGAAGGGGAAACCUAUCUUGCAGUCGUAUACAGAGACUUUAGAUUUAACUACUCACUUCGAUAUUACAAACUAGAUACUUCACUUGGCAACUUCACAUUGUACAAGCAAUUCAAUGAUUUUGAAAUGCAGCCAACUGGUAUUGUUGCCCCAUUGCUGGGUGGCUUGCUUGUGUUUUCAGAAGUCCAUGUAUUUUAUUUUCCAAACCCUAGCAUGAAGUUGAGCCUUCCACCAGAGAGCUACCAGGAUAGAAGUAUAUCUAUAAAUACGAGAGAGAAUGUAUUGACAAAGUUAUUAGUUGAUUCUUCAAAUAUCAAGGAAAAUGAAAUCACUAGCCUUUGCAGUUAUGCAGUAAUUGAUGAAAAUAGAAUACUUGCAAUUUCUAAAUCAGGAAUUGCAUACAUGAUUCAUUUCAACCUGCUUAUUACCAGUGGGUCUCUUGAAGUGAAGUCAUUUACAUUUUUCAAAUUGAGUUUCACUACUAUUUGCAAGAAAAUACUAUAUUUGGGAUCUGGGUCUUUCUUUGGGAUCUCAAGUUUAUCGAGAUCGAUUCAUUUUACUGUGGGCCCUCAAACACCCUAUAUAAAUGUGAUAUCAGAGUUCACAUCUUCACCACCGGUAUUGAGCCUUGAAGUAGACCCGGAAAACAAUCAAAUUUUUAGUUGCCAAGGAGGCUAUGAAAGUGGAGAAUAUAGAAAUAUCACCAAAAGACCAAGCAGUAUCAAACUCUUAUCUACGUUCAUACGACCAAAGCUGAACCAUCAAAGUGGGAAUAGAUUGAUUAUAAAUGGAAAGAAGAGUGUAUACUCACUCAGCUUGUUACUGUCCCAGGGAUCAGUAGAUGCAAGUUGGCAAAUUAAUCUACAGAAUCAGACAAUAACGCACACAGAACAGCCAAUAGAAGAAAACCUUAAUAUAUCUGGAAUUAUAGCUGUAGGUGACGAUGGAGAUCAUAUUAUAACAGAUUCUGGACUUAUCAGCCUUAAGGAAGGUCGGUGCAUAUCUACUGGUUCAAUAAUAGAUGGUAUAUUUCUUGAUGAUAAUUCUUACAUCGUAUUACUACGAGGGAGUGGAAAGAAUACCUUUGAACUUCAUUAUAAAGACACUUCAAGAGAAAAGAAGACCAUAUUUACUGUGAGAGAUGACAAUAACAAAAACUCAGAAUUCGUAGAUAUGAAGCAUUCAGGUUCUUACGUUUUAGUGACGUUCAACGACUACUACUAUGUAUUAAGGUUGCAAGGAAAUCAAGUUACCUUAUUGAUCGAGGUUCCGAUAGUCGAUGUAUAUUCUACAGGAAUUGAAUACCGUGAAGGCAAACUAUGGACUUUAUUUCUGUUCGAAGAUGGUCAAUUUUUGCAGCAGUGUAUUGAAGUGCAAGAAAAUAUGAAUCAUAAGUUUGUGCCAUACAAGUCAGUAUUUUCGAAUUUAAAAAAGGAACAGCCAUGCAAAAUAGUGUCUGGUCCUGACGAAAUUCUACUAUACAAUAAGGAAAUUAUUGAAGUCCUUCGAUUUAACAACAUUACCAACUUUUUCGAAAAUAUUGAGUUGCCCAAGAAAAUGAAAAACCUAAGGUACGUAGGUCGUGUGAACAAAAAACACUUCAUAUAUCUAAAGGACGACGGUGGAAUUGGAUUUUUUGUCAUGAAGAUUUCUUCGACUUUACAUGUGGGCGGAUUUGGAAGCACGUUAUUUUCUAAUCUGCUUAAUCUAAAGUCUCUCUGUGUUCCAAAUACUACAUUUUCCCUCUUACUUGGCUUUGAAUUUAAGUAUUCAGAGUCACUUGGAGAAAUUGUAAAGACUUCGUUUGUUAAUUUAAUUGACAAUGUUUCGAUGAAGGUAGUCAAUAGCAUUAUCUUGAAAGAUUGUAAAGAUGCAGUUGACAUCUCCUUAUGUCUGGACGACGAAUGCAUAUUUAUUGUAUUAGACAACAGCAAUACUUCACCAUUACAUACUUAUAAAAUAGAUACUGACACAGGUAAAAUGAUGAAACAACGAGAUACUAAUAUUGAAGAGCUCAAGGACAAUUCAAUGAACUUCCAAUCCAUUAAACACAUUGCAAAUGGUUUAUAUUUAAUCACUGGAAGUAAGAUUUUUAUAGUUGAAGGAAUUAGCAAUGUGGAUGUCCAAAUUUGGAGAUUACGCUCUAAAGUAGUCAAGCAAAGCGUUUUCACAAGUGUAUCUGCCUUAUUAGGAGAUAAAAUUGCAGUUUUGGAUAUUUUCAGAGGGUGCCAGAUGUUGAAUGCAACAGAAGAUGAAGAAAAGGACGGAGAAGGAGAAAGAGAACUAAUAUUAAGCCUUGAAAGUCCCUUUAAAUCUGUGCGCAGUUCAUUUGAGGACCUUUAUACUUCCCUUACAGUUCUGUCAAUUGAAAUAGACUUGACUAAGAAGUAUCAAGUUUUCAUAGGUGAUUCCCGAGGACUGGUUGUGGUCGAGGAACUACCGAAAGAUAACUUGGAAGAGAUUACUUUUCCAUUUAUAAACUUUGGGAGCCAAAUUAAUUCCAUUGAAGCUAUUAAGACUAGAGAAAUUAGUAGUUUUGAGAGGAGUUUUUCGAACAAGAUAGAGUUACAUGAUGAGAUCGAAGUUAAUAUAGUUCCACAAAUCUUGGUUGGAACUGCUGACGGGGGCAUUCACAUGGUAAGUUAUGCUAGAGAGGAAAUUGUGCCAGUUAUUGAGGAAUGUUACCAGGAAAUACUGAAAUUGCAUAACGAAGCAAGUAUGAAAAAGAAGAGGAAAGUGAGGCGACAAAUAGCUGAACCAGAGGAAUGGGCUGCCAGACAUGGUACAUCUGAGAUAAAGAAUUCAUUUACCAGUAAUUUAUUUUACAACUUUUUGGUCAAGGUAAAAGAAGAAGGAUUGGAUAGGAAGAAAUUUCCAAGUUGCAGCGAGAACAUAAACCUUAUCGAAAGAAUAGUGUACGAGACAAGUGCAAUAAGGAUGCGCAGAUAG